GGACUCAGAGGUUAGGUUUGUUAUUCUAGUUGGCAGAUGAUGUUACAAUUACAACACAAUUUAUAUGUUAUAAAUUUAUUCAUACAACAAUUUUAAUAAACAAAUUAAUAAUUUAAUCAACCUACAAUAAGGCCUAUCUAAUCCACAAAUAUGUUUGAAAUAUCAGACACACAGAAAAUCGGAGUUGGCCUUGCUGGCUUUGGAAUGUUUUUCUUGUUCCUUGGUGUUUUGCUGUUGUUUGACAAGGGUCUUCUUGCCAUUGGAAAUUUGUUGUUUAUAUCAGGACUUGGAUGUGUCAUUGGACCAAAACGUACAUUCAGCUUUUUCUUUCAAAAACAUAAAUUAAAAGGAAGUUUGGCAUUUCUUGGUGGUAUUGUUAUUGUUUUAAUUGGAUGGCCAAUUGUUGGUAUGAUCAUUGAAACAUAUGGUUUUGUUAUUUUAUUCAGUGGAUUUUUACCAGUUGCUGUUAAUUUUUUGAGAAGAGUUCCAAUAUUAGGAACAUUCUUAAAUAUGCCAGGAGUCAGUAAAAUAUUAGACAUGAUUGCUGGAGAUUCCAACAGGACAACUGUAUGACCAUAAUUAAUAAUAAUUACAAUUAAUUAAUUAACAAUUAAACAGCACUGUAAAUAUUGCAAAAAACAACUUAAAAAAUGCACUCAGUCAUACAAAAUCAUUUCACCUAAAAUGUCAUCUCUUAUAAAGUUGAUUUUUUAUUAUAGAAAAAUUUUUCUUUUACUUUUUGUGUCAUUCCAUUUACACCUGAGUGUUUAAAUAUAUAAAUUACAAUUAACAAUUAACACGACUAUUGUCAAGUAAUAAUUAAAAUGCCCAUUAAGUGUAUUUAAUUUAUAAAACAAUUAUUUAAUCAAAAGAAAUAACAAAAUAUAUUAUUGUACAAUAAUCAAAGAUUCAUAUGUACGUACUUUGUAAUUUAAUUGAAAUAGACAAUGAUUUAGUUGAGAUAAAAAAAAAAAUAUUUAUCAAAAUAAAUGUUAAGUAAAUUAAUUAUAUAAAAA